AUGGCCUGGGCACAAAAUUGCAAGUGUCCUCUCUAUUUAGCUCUAUGCUGCGCUGAUACCGUGAAAGAAGGGCCUAGGAACAUGAGUUCGAGUGUAAGCAACUUGUACAACUACAGCCUGUAUACCAUAGAGAAAGAUGGCAAAACCGUGAAGCUCAAACCAUCACAGCUAACUACUCAAGUUAUUGGUAAAGUGUUUGGACUGUUCCCCGAUUCCAUUAUUUUGAUUUCUGACGAUGGGUUUGUGGAAACACCAGACCAUGAGGGAAAGUUUCUUGAUGUAGAUGACCUAUCAAAGUGGGUUGUGAACGGGGAUUCGCUCAAGGCAGAUGGUUUGCCUCAAGACCAGCAAGUAGCCUCUUUCUCUUACCAGCCUCCUUCACAAGCAACAUCACAAGCAACAUCACGAAAAAGAGGACGACCGCCAAAAUGGAGUCCAAAGUUCACGUCAGCCUUGCUAGGUGCAAGCUCUGCCUCAGGACAGAAGCCACCUGGAGUUCGAGCUCGAGCUGAACCGAGUGUUGAUGGUGCAGGCCCUUCCACAAUGUCUUCAAGUUCUAGCAGCCGUCCCGAAUGGAGAAAGUAUAUUGAGGUGUGCAAAUGGAAUGAAGCUGAUAAACAAUGGAAGAAAGUGAGCAAUGUCCCCAUCGACCUUUCUGAGGAAAUUGCCAGCGUUCCAAAUGUGUCGAAGAUGGUUAGUGACGAGCUAUUCAAUGGUGAAGAAUGCGUACUUAUGGACAUAGACUACCUGAAGAUACCGAAUACUUCUACUACUCGAGGAUCAAGGUUUUGGAAAACCUCCAAACGUAUUCGAGCCGUUAGAAAAUCUGAAGUAAAGAAAGGAAGGGUUAUUUCCUUGGACUCGAGCUCUGAUAGUGAUUUUGAUUUUGCCCCACAGCACAGAGCAAAAAAAAUGUCUCUACCAUUGGCACCAUCUUCCCUAGGCACUAUGGAUAAAACUGUAUUCGAAUGCCUCGUAUGCAAGUCUCAGACAUCAUUCCCAGCUGUGGUGUCUCCCUGUUGUAAUGUUAUUUUGGGGUGUGAGGUGUGUGUGGCACAAUGGCUGGAGGCCCAGUCAACCUGCCCACAUUGUCGUGCCUCUUUGACUCUCAAGGACUGCCCAAAGUUACCCCUUGUAAGAAGCUUCCAAGAAUUUCUUCGAAAGCAUACGCCUUCUCCAUUGUCAAGCUCUGACUAAUGAACAUUUAUUGGUGAACUUGUAUCCCUGUUGUGUUUUCAUCAAGAGUAUAUGUAUACUCUUGUUUCAUGCAUUUAUUCUUAUUCUUAUUCUUAUUCUUGUUAUUAUUAUUAUUAUGUGAACUUCACAGCCUUUCAACUGAAACGGGCUAACAAUUUUGAGCACUGCGGGGGAUGUGUAGAUAUGUAAGCAAGAUUGAACCUUGCAUAAUUAUAAGAUAGCCAAACUCUUAUAGACAUUGUGACAAAGUCCCAGACCUGGCUGGAAACCGUUGCAUGGUCUUUUCUCUCCCUAUAACUCUUUCCUUGGCAAUCUGUUGUAGAAAUUACAACAAUGGGUAAGGAAUCGUUAUGAUGAAUUAGAUGAAGUUGUAUGUGAGCUCCUCCCUGACAAACAAACUGUAGUCUAGGUAACCGCCUUAUCAGUCAAGUAGGCUAAAAAUCUGUGUCCUUUGAUGUAAGCUUUGAUGUCUCUUUGUGCAUAUGUAGUUAUAAAAAAAAAAAAAAAAAAAAAAGAAA